CUAAUUGCCUACCGUGUUUACAUUUCUCCUGCCGUACGGUUGUUUUGGGUCCCGUGAACGAACUGAGGAACUAAACGAAGAACCUGAGAGUGCUUUUCACUACUUACCACCUUGCUACUCUGGUUGUAUUUUUUUAAAAAUGGCUUCUCUGUCAUCAGUUUCUUAUAACGACCCUGAUUCUGGAGCACCCCAACAAGCAAUGGGUCAUUCAAUCUAUGAAGACUCGGGCACUACUCAAUCAGCUUCGUCAGCUGUUGUUUCCUUUCUAGCUAAUCAGUUUGGUAAAAAACAUGAUGAUUUGAAGACAAUGUUAGACAGUUCAAAAGACUCUCAAAAACUUGAUGCUAUGAAACGCAUAGUUGGUAUGAUGGCAUCAGGAAAAGAUGUGUCAGAACUUUUUCCUGCCGUGGUCAAGAACGUUGUCUCAAAGAACAUAGAGAUAAAGAAGCUAGUGUAUGUGUACCUGGUGCGAUAUGCUGAAGAACAACAAGACCUUGCUUUAUUAUCAAUCGCAACCUUUCAAAGGGGCUUAAAGGAUCCAAACCAACUAAUUCGUGCAAGUGCUUUAAGAGUUUUGUCAAGUAUUCGUGUUCCUGUAAUUGUUCCAAUCAUGAUGUUGUCGUUAAAAGAAGCAGUCACUGAUAUGUCACCCUAUGUUCGCAAGACUGCUGCUAAUGCAAUCCCAAAGCUUUACUGUUUGGAUGCAGAACAAAAGGAUGCACUAGUGGAGAUCAUUGAGAAAUUGUUACAAGAUAAGACAACACUUGUUGCAGGCAGCACUGUGAUAGCUUUUGAAGAAGUGUGUCCAGAAAGAAUAGACCUCAUCCACAAAAAUUAUCGAAAACUGUGCAACAUGUUAAUUGAUAUUGAUGAAUGGGGACAAGUGGCUGUUAUUAAUAUGCUAGUGCGAUACUCUAGAACACAGUUUCUUGAUCCUAACAAGAAUAUGCAAGCUGGAAAUCCUGAAUCACAACAGUUUUAUCCAAGCUCUGAAUCUGAAAAUAGUGAUGAAUCUGAAAAUGAAGACGCUGAAAAGCCAAAAGUAUAUGUCAUGGAUCCAGAUCAUAGAUUAUUGCUGCAUUCUUGUCAGCCACUAUUGCAAAGCAGAAAUGCAGCAGUUAUUAUGGCAAUUGCUAAAGUGUAUCACCAUAUUGCCCCUGCCUCUGAAGUUGGGAUUGUCGUGAAAGCACUUGUUCGCCUGCUAAGAAGUCACAGAGAAGUUCAAACGAUUGUUUUAAGCAACAUUGUUACCAUAUCGUUGCAGCGUAAGGGGUUGUUCGACUCGUACCUAAAAUCAUUUUUUGUACAUGCUAGUGAUCCUACACACAUCAAAAAGUUAAAGUUGGAAAUCCUGACAAAUCUAGCAACUGAGUCAAACAUACCAACAAUUUUAAGAGAGUUCCAGACAUAUGUUGCCAGUUCGGACAAGGAGUUUGUUGCUUCAACAAUUCAGUCAAUUGGGAGAUGUGCUUCGAAUAUACCGGAAGUUACAGACACUUGCUUAGCUGGAUUAAUCAGAAUGCUUUCCAACCAUGAUGAACAUGUUGUGAGCGAAAGCAUCAUAGUUGUCAAGAAACUUUUACAAAUGCGACAAAAAGACCACAGUGAUGUUAUUGUACACAUGGCUAAACUACUAGAGAAAGUACAUGUGCCAAUGGCAAGGGCGAGCAUCCUAUGGCUGAUUGGAGAAUACAGUGAUAGGAUUCCAAAAAUAUCUCCAGAUGUGCUGCGAAAAAUGGCCAAAACAUUUGCCAGUGAGGAAGAUAUUGUGAAGUUGCAGAUUUUAAAUCUUGGUGCAAAAUUGUAUGUUACAAACUCAAAGCAGACUCGCUCGCUGUGUCAAUAUGUUAUCCAGCUGGCUAAGUAUGAUCAGAACUAUGACAUCAGAGAUCGUGCCAGAUUUUUAAAGUUUAUGUUAUUUCCUGCUGAUAGGGCAGAGGGAACAAACAACCUUAAGAAAAAAGCUAAGAAAGUCUUCUUGGUAGAAAAACCUGCUCCAGUCUUACAAUCUCUUUUUAAAGACAGAGGAGAAUACCAGUUAGGCUCGUUGUCACACAUGAUUGAUGCCAAAGCAAAUGGUUACCAAGAAUUACCUGAAUUUCCUGACAAACAACCAGAUCCUACAGUUCGAAAUGUUGAGAUGCUACCUGUAUGGGGGAAUCAGUUUCUUCUUACAAAAGAAAAAGAUGAGGAUAAAGAUAAGUCUUUUUAUUCUGAUGAAAAUGAGGAUGAUGAUGAUGAUAAUGAAUCAGAGGAGGAUAGUGAUGAGGAGACAGAUUCCGAUGAAGAGUCUAGUGAAGAGGGGACAAACACAAAAAAUGAAGAAGAAAAUACUGACGACGACAAAGAAGAAUCAAGUGAAGAAGAUGAUUCGGAAGAUGAAAGUGAAUUUGAAGAGCUGUCUGGAAGUGAGGAAGAAAGUUCAUUGCCUGCAGUAAAAGCUAAGGAAGAUGAAGAAAGUGACGAAAAUGUAUCUGAUGACGAUGAGGAUGAUGAAGAUGAUGACGAUGACGAUGGUGAAACAUCUUCAGAGGAGGAAAGUGAUCAAGAGACGCAGGUAACAACAAAUAAAACUGUAUCGUCUAUGCCACAUAAGAGUUCCUACGACCAACUAUUGGAUCUGGAUGAUGAUUCAAGUAGUUCUGUACCAGCAAUAAAUGGUAAUGCACCGGUACUUACACCCUCUUUGGUAUCUGACAUGGAAACUUUAUCUAUGGAACCAUCCAACUAUUCUAACUAUUCUCGUCAAAUAUCAACGGCAUCUUUAAAAUCCUAUGAACUGUUAAACAAAAUCAAUGGAAAAGGUCUCACAGCUGAAUACAGGUUUACUAGAGGCCCGUGCAUUUAUUCAAGGACCAUGGUGGGAAUUGAAAUCGACUUCAAAAAUCAGAGCAACAAAGAGAUCAAACAUCUUCAUAUUGGCAAGAAGAAACUUGCUUCAGGAUCACAGAUGCAAGAGUUCGCAGAAAUUGGAAGUUUACCUGCAGGACAACAACAAGUUGUAUCAAUUGGCGUUGACUUCAAGGAUACCAUGCAACCCGUCACAUUUGAAUUGUGCACGGAAGUGGAUACAUUCUCCGUAACAAUCAAAGUUCCGGUGGGAGAAUUGGUGAAACCUGCUAAUCUGACAGAAAAUCAGUUUGAAAGUGAACAGCGCCAACUUACUGGUAUGACAGAAAGCAGACUUGAAUGUAAAUUGAAUUCUACCUUUGACCACAAGGUGUUAUGCAGUAAAGUGCUACAGAUUACAAACAUGCAACAAGUUCCUUCACCACCUAGUGAUGAAAACAUACUGAGGUUUGCUGGGAGCUUGAUAUCUUCAACCCUUCCAGUGCUUUUGACACUGAAAGGUCAUUCGCAAGAAUGCACGAUCGUUGUCAACUGUGAAAAGAUGAGCAUUGCUUCCUUGCUGGCAAAAGAAAUUAAAAAUGGAAUAUAAAUUUAAGCACAAAUUUGAAUAAUAUUUUUAUAUCAUGUAA